AUGCAAUGGGAGGCGCGUCACCGCGCUGCCUCGUGGGCGGCAAGCGCAAGGCGCCCAACGCCGACCCGGCGCCCUGGGGCUUGGCCUGCUGCUCGGGCGGGGCGCUCCAUUGCGAGUCGGAGCGGCCCUCAAAGAGGCCAGUCGCAGCCUCGUGGUCUCAGGUGGGGCAAGGCUGCAGCGGUUUUUUGUGUCGAUGCGGGGUCCACGGCCUCCUCGCGAGAUCGGCCCGUGAGCGACGCGACUGUGCAGGGCGAUUUUGGGGCAAUACUGAGCCCGAAAGCACACCUGGGGCUGAAACCUCCCCAUGGCUGCCAGCGUGUGCCCCGGACCCCCUUGCCCUGUCCACUGCGCUCUUCACCGUCGCCGCGCCCUCGUGGUUUGGCUCGGCGGCUGCGCUGCGCCAGGGGGGCAUCGGCAGGGGCGCGCCUUGCACAGCGCCGUGCGGAGGACUCCCCGGCCACGGGGCCCGUGUCCCAGGGCAGCUGCUCAUGCACGCCUGCAAGCGCAUGCGCGGGACCUCCGGCCGUGUCAGAUGCCAGCAGCUCAACAACCAUCUUCAAUGCGCCUGGGCCAGGUCCUACCACCUUCAUGCCUGGCAACUCGCAGAUGGGUUGUGUUGAGGUACAAGCGAUGGAGACUUCGAUGCAAGGCUCUGAAUCUGUGAGGGCUGUCCAGACUGGCAGCCUCGACUCUCACUUCACAGGGGACUUGCAGAGGAAACUGUCGCUGCCGGACCUCAGGGCUCUUGCGUGCGGAUGGCCAGUCUCAGACUGGCAGCAGGGGAAUCAGAGGGCGAGCGGCAACCCCCACACACCGUACUACUCCAGUGAGGGUGCAUAUCUUUUCUGA